AUGCAGCCCAUCAAUCGUCCCCGAAAGGCUUGCGAUCUUUGCUACACGCGAAAGAUUAAAUGCGACGGACAACAGCCGCAAUGCUCAAACUGUGUCAAUUACAAAACUGCCUGUACCCAUGCUGCCCGAAGUAGGAAGUGGAAGCCUAAAGCGCAGCAAAAUGCCCAACGUUCAGAAGCAGAAGAAAUUCGAAGCUUGCAGGCACAGAUGAAGCAAUUGCAGGUGGAGCUAGCUGGCUAUCGGGAGCAAGACAAAACACUUGUGACCCCGACAUCAUCGCAGGAUAUGCUUGUCAGCGACGAGUUUAUAGAUGCCGAGAACUCUACCAACAGCAUGAAGCUUCCUCCACUGCAACAGACCAUGCACAUGACCGGAAUCUUCCUCAAUACUUUCAACUCAAUGAUGCCACUUUUUAAUCCUGACUCUCUUCUACGCCUCAUCGGAGAAACAUACGCCGUCCAACCACGACAGCGUAAUCCUGUCUCAUGGACUGCCAUUAACGUUGUAUUAGCUCUAGCGUGUCAUCAGAUGCCUGAUGACAGUGAGAUGAGCCCUGAGUAUGGCACAGCAAACGACUACAUAAAGAAAGCUCAAUCGGUCAUUUGGACUGUAACGCUAGGCGAAACUGGAAUACUCAAUAUCCAGACACUGAUUGGCAUGGCCAUGUUGCUACAAACAGCCAACGACACAACGCCAGCCUUGGUUAUUAUAUCAGCAGCUAUGCGCCUCAUUCAUAAAAUGGGAUUGCACAACCGCAUCUCUACAGAACAUCUGAGUCUCAUCGAGCAGAGGCAACAUGCUUACGUCUUCUGGUUAGCCUACAUAGUGGAUAAGGACCUGAGCUUGCGAGCACAACAACCUUCAGUACAGCUCGACGACGAUAUCGACCUCGACCUACCGAUGGAACUGCCAGGCGUUUGUAACGGCGAUUCUGAAGCAGGCAUUGUUACGACAGUUGACGGAAAUACGAGGCUGAACUAUCUCCUUGCUCGAAUACAACUCGCCAAUAUCCAAGGCAACGUAUACGAUCACCUAUACUCCACGCGCGCAUCAAAACGAACACCAGAAGAAAGGAAGAUAUCGAGGAAAAGAAUCGUCAAAGCUCUUGAUGAGUGGAAAGUAUCGAUUCCCUCAGACUUCAACGGGGCCAACGUGGUUACCACUACAAGCAACAAUCCUUCAGCCGCAGCCUUUUUCUGCAUACUUCAUACACGAAGCCUGUUGUGUCUGAGUCUGAUCACUAGAUCCCACGCUUGGGAUGAACAAUGGGUCGGUAGUAUACGCGCAUAUGGAAGAGGGACGCAAGCGCUACAACUACCCAAGGCUGAUACCUACAGGUUUGCCGCAUGUACAUAUAUCUCAGCGAUGGUCUUACUGACAGCAAACAAUCUGAGUGACUCUCAGCAUGUGGACUUUACGCAGGAUACUGAUCGCAUUGAAAGAGCACUUGCGUGGUGCCAGGAUCACUUCAAAGAUAAGCCAUGCAAGAUGUCUGCUAUGCUUGGAGACGUUUGCACUGAAGCUGUGGAAGAAAUGAAGCAGAGGCGCACGAACAAUGUGGCUGCGGCUGUUGAGGAUAUCUGGUUUACAGGGUUUAUUGGCGACAGAGGGGCGAUUUGGUAA